AUGGAGGGCGCGGCAGCAGAUCCUCCUCUGACUGCUCCAUCGAGGGGUCCAAAGAAGCGCACGGGGGCCUCGAAAUACGACUUCAUCAAGGACGGCCUGCUGUGCUCGCCUCCCGACGCCUCGGCCCGCAUCGUUGGUCUCGUGCCGCAGGUUAAAGUGUGGCUGGGCGACAAGCUGGACCAUUAUUAUGUACUCUCCAGGUUCCUAAUCUGCCGCAUGCUGACGGUCACCAAAAUUCCCGAGAUCAAGGCCGUGAAGAUUUCUCUGGAACUCAAGAAACACUUUGUAGACAGCAACAAACUCGACGUCACGCAGGCUGAGUUGGAGUCUGUGCUUUUUGGGCUGAUGGCGGCGCGCGGCUUCGACGAGCCCUACAUCCGCUGCUACCGCAUGGUGACGGCCUUCUACCAGCGGCGGCAGCCCCUCGUGAUACUCAUAUGCGGGACGGCCUGGACGGGCAAGUCGACGGUGGCGCAGCAGCUGGCGGCGCGCGUCAACAUCCCCAACGUGAUGCAGACCGACGUGCUCUGCGACCUGCUGCGCGCGGGGGAGGGGUCGCAGCUCUCGAAGCAGCCGCUCUGGGCGCGCACCGACCUGGGCGACGGCGGCGGCGGCGGCGGCGGGAGCAGCGGCUGUGGCGGCAGCGGGAGCAAUAGCGCGGGAGGCGGCGGCGGCGGGGCGGGCCCGGGGGACGCGGCGCUGCUGGGGGAGUUCCGGCGGGAGUGCAGGGUGGUGCGGCAGGCGAUGCAGGGGGACCUGGUGAAGACGAUCUCAGACGGCAAGCCCAUCAUCAUAGAGGGCCUCCACUUGGACCCGGCCCUGUUCAUACCCGAAUUCGCGCGCACUGGAGUCAUCAUGCUGCCCGCGCGCGCCGCGCCGCCGGCCAAGGGCGGCAGCCCGCCCGGCGCCCGGCCGGCUGCGGGCUUUGCGACGGCGGCGGCGCCCGGCGGCGGCGCCGAGGCUGCAGGCGGAGAGGGGGAUGGGAAGCGACAUGUCAGCUGCGUGCCGCUGUUUGUGCCGGUGGUUGUGUGCAUGGACGAGGCAGACCACGUCUUGGUGGCGGAGGAGGCGCUGCAAUGCCAAUCGGGCCGCUGCCCCGGCAAAACGACUGAGGCCAACGCCGCUACCGCCGCCAUUGGCGGCGGUGGCACUUGUCAGCAGCAGGGUUCCGCGUCGGGGCAGGCCGCGGCGGCCGUGCCUCCCGCGUCGGAGGCGCUGCGGCGGGCGCGAGUCGUGCAGGACUACCUGUGCUCUUUCGAGGCGCAAGGGCUGCCGGUGGUGCGGCUGCAGUAUGGUGUGGAGGGGGCGAUAGACCGCGUGCAUGAAUACAUAUUGCAGUGUAUCCAGGUCGCGUCGGCGCUGUAG